UACCAGGCUUGCUUUCUUUAGUCAGCCUGCAGCAGAUCCAGCUUCCAGGUCAACAUGAAGGCUCUUCUCACCCUGGGAUUCCUCUUGCUUUCUGUCACUGUCCAGGCUAAGGUCUAUGAACGCUGUGAGUUCGCCAGAACUCUGAAAAGAAAUGGAAUGGAUGGCUACAGGGGAGUCAGCCUGGCCAACUGGGUGUGCUUGGCUCAGCAUGAGAGUAACUAUAACACACGAGCUACAAACUACAACCCUGGGGACAAAAGCACCGACUACGGGAUAUUUCAGAUCAAUAGCCGAUACUGGUGCAAUGAUGGCAAAACCCCGAGAGCAGUGAACGCCUGUGGAAUACCCUGCAGUGCUUUGCUCCAGGAUGACAUCACUCAAGCCAUACAAUGUGCAAAGAGGGUUGUGAGAGAUCCACAAGGCAUUAGAGCAUGGGUGGCAUGGAGAAACUACUGUCAAAACCGAGAUCUCACCCAGUAUCUUCGGAACUGCCGAUUGUAACUGCCGUGUGCUUCCAGUUCAGCUCAUUCUGUCUCUUUCUCGCUCUAGAAGUAGUUACAGGAAAGGUCACACUUCCUUGCUUUCCCCUCAUAUAAGCAGCCUUUGAAAAGAAUGAAGAGCAAAAUGGAGGGGCUGGAGAUAUGGCUCAGUGGUUAAGAGCAGUGACUGCUCUUCCAGAGGACCCGGGUUCAAUUCCCAGCACCCACAUGGCAGCUCACAACUGUCUGACGAUCCAGUUGCAGGGGAUCUGACACCUUCACACCAAUGCACAUAAAAUAAAGUUAAAAUAAAGCAUAAAAAUAUUUUUUUUAAAAAAAGAGCAAAAUGGAGACUGUUUCCCAAGAGGCUUAAUGCUGACUAAUGUGUUCACUGUUUUAAGAAAAACCUCCAUUUUUUUUCAUUAACCCAUGCAGCAGAUGCUGGUGACAGUGGUCUAACACUUCAAUAGUCACACACAUCUCUAUCCGUUAUUCACAGGUGAAGUCACUCACAUGUAGUUUUUUCAAACUUAAUCUUCAUCUCUCCCUUGUUGGAUUCACACACAUCAAAUCUUAAGGAGACAAGUUGAUCUUGGGUGAAAUGGCAGCUGUGUGAGUUCCCAGGCCUUGUGUAUGAUCUCAGCAUCCAGGCAGUUAGAACAACCACAGUGUGUGACAAGGUGGGUUUUUAAGGGAACUGAACUCUGGGUGGAUAGAACUGAAACUGCCUCAGCUCAGAAACUUGUAAUGAAAUGUGUGACCUUUCAAAAACAUUUUCUUAGAUUUGGCCACUUAUACUGCUUAAAAGUAAGUUCUCAACUCAUGUAUCAGUCUGUUUUAAUUCUUGUGAGAAUGUUCCCAUUUCUCUUGCUGAUCAUGAGGUCUUCCAGACAGAUUAGUGACUGUGCUAGCUCUUAGCUCUCUUAAAGUAACUUCAAGCAUAUCAGCUAACUCUGAGACUAUGAGUUUGGAUUGGCAAAACUAAGUGCAUUGUGAAAAAUUACAAAUACCCAUUAAACAAUUUCAAUGCAAA